UAUAUUCCAUUCCAUUUCUUCGGCUAUAUAAAGGCAACCAACCGGUCGAUCUGCUCGUCGUCACUGCACAUAAGCUCUAGCUAGGAAAACGAGGAGUUUUAGAGAGAGAGAGAGAGAGAGAGAGGUCAGAUUGGUAGGUAGCUGAGCUAGCUUCUGCUUCGUGCUGCUUGGGUUGGACUCGAUCGAUCUCCAUUAGUUGAUUUGCGGUGGUGGGCCGGCCGCCGAUGAGGACGAUGAAGGCGUGCUCGGUGCCCUUCGUCCUGGCGGCGCUGGCCGUCCUCUCCUGCGUCUUCCUCGUCCACGCGGCGGCGGCGGUGGCGGCUCCCACCAGCGGCAUCGGCUACCGGAGGUCGCUGCUUCCCAGGGAGGCGGCGGCGGCGGCGGCGGGGAUGGCCGGAGUGGAGGGAGAGCUGCCGGUCGCCGACGAGGAGACGGUGGUGAGGCGGGUGGACAUGCAGACGACGCAGGACUACCCGGGCUCUGGCGCCAACAGCCGCCACGACCCGCGGAACCCGCAUUGAGAUUCGUGCAGCUAGCUCUCUACCGUUGAUCGAUGUGACGAUGCCUCUAGCUCUCUGGUCGAGCUUGAUAUGACUGUACAAUAUUUAUAGCAGUAGCACACAUGCGGCAAACGCAUGCUGUUGAGUUAUAUUAUCACACAAUUAAUUAAUUUUGCUCACAGUUGUAUGGUACGGUAUUGCAUGUAACUGUCGUAUACAGAUCAAAUUAAACAUUAUCUAAAACGUAAUCCUGUUCAAAAUUUGUCGAAGUUAUCUGUUAAA